AUGUCGUGUUGUAUUCUCACACGAUCCGACCUCGACGCUCCCGGCCCAUCGCGUUACGCGCAACAGUCGAUCGCCGUCGGCCACUCUCGUCACCUUUCUUUGCCGAUGGCUGCCCCUUACGUUGCUCUGCCCCACCAGCAGCGCCUGCGAGCCGAUACGCCUCCUCUCGACGAUGAGAACGAUCACAUCAAGCCGCUCGACGGCCACAAGCCCAUCUUCCACGGCGGCUUUGACUCGCAGUUGAAGCAGGUGCUUCGCGACAUUGACAUCCACGGCUGCGAGGCCAACGGAGAAAAUGCUUUCUUCGUUGCCGAUCUCUCGGAGGUCUACCGACAGCAUCUCCGCUGGAUGCGUGCCCUGCCCCGCAUCGUGCCCUUCUACGCGGUCAAGUGCAACCCGGACCCCUACGUCCUCCAGCUGCUCGCCAGGCUCGGCACCGGCUUCGACUGCGCCUCCAACGGCGAGAUCGAGGCGGUGCUCAAGCUCGGCAUCAACCCGGCCAGGAUCAUCUACGCCAACCCGUGCAAGGCGGCGAGCUUUGUUCGUCACGCCGCUGCCAACAACGUCGGCCUCACCACGUUCGACAAUGUGGACGAGCUCGACAAGAUGAAGCGCUACCACCCUUCGUGCAAGCUCGUCGUGCGCAUCCUCACCGACGACUCGAAGAGCGCGUGCCAGCUUGGCCUCAAGUUUGGCGCGCCGCUGGACUCGGUGCCUCGUCUCCUGCAGCGCGCUCGGGAGCUGGACCUCGACGUCGUCGGUGUCAGCUUCCACGUCGGUUCGGGCUGCUACGACCCGGACUCGUUCCGCGACGCCGUUCACCGCGCUCGUCGUGCCUUCGACAUGGGCAAGGAAGCCGGCUACAUUUUUGACCUGCUCGACGUCGGCGGUGGCUUUGGCCACGACAACUUCGAGAUGGUUGCCGGCGUACUUGGGCCUGCGAUCGACCACUACUUCCCUGACGAGGACUUUGCGCCUGGCGGAAAGCAGGUGGCCGGCAAGCCCAACGGACUCAGGAUCAUCGCCGAGCCUGGUCGCUUCUACGUGCACUCGGCUUUCGCGCUUGCGACCAACAUCAUCGCGGCGCGCAGAGGCGAGCCUACGGCUGCUGACACCGAGCCGGAGAACGACAAGCCCCAAGUGAUGUACUACCAGAACGACGGCCUGUAUGGCUCGUUCAACUGCGUCAUCUUUGACCACGUUACCGUGCACCCAAAGGUGCUCACUCUCGGUCACGAGUAUGCCUACGAGCCCACCAUCGUCUCGCCUGGCGUGGCUGUGGACUCGGGCGACGAGGCCAAGGAGCUGCAGCCCUGCAGCGUUUGGGGACCCACCUGCGACUCGAUCGACUGCGUCCGCGACCUCGUCCAUCUGCCCAAGGGUCUCAAGGUCGGUGACUGGCUCGUGUACGAGAACAUGGGCGCCUACACCAUCUGCGCCGCUUCGACCUUUAACGGCAUCCGCCGUUCCGAGAUCCGCUACACCCUCGGCGAGGGUCAGCUCGCCGAGACCGUCAAGCACCUCAUGCUUCAGUGA